AUGACGAUGUUGUCACCCCGUGGCGCCUGGGAUGAGGGAUACCAUGAGAAACCACAGGGGCAGCUGCCUCAACGCCAGCAAAUUAUUUGGGGACGUCUUGUUAUUGCGGAGGUGCCAUACCCUGUCAUCGCUGCGAACGAUGUUGUGAUCAGUCUGUACACAAACCGUCUUCUGUUUCGUGUAUUCUCAUCGGCGUUUACUGUUACUGUCUUCCUGCGGGAUAUUAUUGGCAUCGUCAGUUUCAUGGAGAGGCGCAGCAUUGAGAUGGAAGUUGCCCGUUCAUAUGGUGGUCACCGGGCGUAUAUCCUUAUCCUCCAGCAAGUAGAUACAGCUAUCAUGCUUUACGAUGUGCUUCUCUCACUGCUUCCACCGCAUGUAAAGGACAGCUCGGUGGGCCGCACCCUGUCGCAGCCGGUGUAUACAACUGACUACCCCUUUUCCCUCAUGUCGCCAAGUAUGAUGGCAAAGUCCGGCUUCUACGAGCUUUACCCGCGCAGGGGCGCACCAACGCAUGCGACGGUCCCGAAGGACGGGGAUGUUUCAAGGCUGCUCUCCUCGUUAUCUAAGGCGCAGCCCCUUCCAGUUUGUCUUGGAUGGCUGCCUUCAUCGUCGGCAGCGACACCAUCGACCCAAACACAACAACAAGAGCAGCAGACGGAGUUGAGAGAAGCAGGCCAGUCCGAUGGGGGCGCCCCGUUGUCUCCUUACAUUCUUCUAGUGUGCGCUGAAGCGCCGCACAUGGAUGAUCCUACCCGUCGCCUGCGGGGUGUGUCUGGUGAGAUCGGGGAAUAA